GUCACGUGACGCGGGCUGCGGCGCGCCGCUCCCGCGGUCAUGGUGGCGCCGAGGGACGGCUGUGCCGGCGGCCGCCUGGCCCGGGCGCUGGCUCUGGCCCUGCUCACCGGGCUGCUCUUGGGCGGCCUGGCGGGCGCGGCCCCGGCCCCGGGCGGCGGCGAGCAGCGCGACCCCCCGUCCCCGCCCGCCUCCUGCUGCCGCUCGGCCCUCUUGGACGCUGCGACGGGCCAGCUGCGCCUGGUGGACGGUCGCCACCCCGACGCCGUGGCCUGGGCCAACCUCACCAACGCCAUCCACGAGACCGGGUGGGCCUUUCUGGAAGUGGGCACCAAUGGCGACUACGAUGACGGCCUGCAGGCCUACGCCGCGGGCGUGGUGGAGGCCUCCGCGUCCGAGGAGCUCAUCUACAUGCACUGGAUGAACACGGUGGUGAAUUACUGCGGCCCCUUCGAGUACGAAGUCGGCUACUGCGAGCGGCUCAAGCGGUUCCUGGAGGCCAACCUGGAGUGGAUGCAGGAGGAGAUGGAGCGGAACAAGGACUCCACCUACUGGCACCAGGUGCGGCUGACACUCCUGCAGCUGAAAGGCCUGGAGGACAGCUACGAGGGCCGCGUGACCUUCCCCACGGGGAGGUUCACCAUCAAACCUCUGGGGUUCCUCCUGCUGCAGAUCUCCGGCGACCUGGAAGACCUGGAGCCGGCUCUGAACAGGACCAAGACCCAGGCGGCCCUGGGCUCUGGCUCCUGCUCCGCCCUCAUCAAGCUGCUGCCCGGCCACCGGGACCUGCUCGUCGCCCACAAUACCUGGAACUCCUACCAGCACAUGCUGCGCGUCAUCAAGAAGUACUGGUUCCAGUUCAGGGAGGGCCCCCAAGAGGACUACCCCCUGGUCCCCGGCAACAGGGUGAUCUUCUCGUCCUACCCCGGCACCAUCUUCUCCUGUGACGACUUCUACGUCCUGGGCAGUGGGCUGGUCACGCUGGAGACCACCAUUGGCAACAAGAACCCGGCCCUGUGGAAGUACGUGCAGCCUGAGGGCUGUGUGCUGGAGUGGGUGCGCAACGUGGUGGCCAACCGCCUGGCCCUGGAUGGGGCCACCUGGACCGAUGUCUUCAAGAAGUUCAACAGUGGCACGUACAACAACCAGUGGAUGAUCGUGGACUACAAGGCGUUCGUCCCCGGCAGGCCCAGCCCUGGGAGCAGGGUGCUCACCAUCCUGGAGCAGAUCCCGGGCUUGGUGAUGGUGGCCGACAAGACCUCGGAGCUCUACCAGACGUCCUACUGGGCCAGCUACAACAUCCCGUCCUUUGAGCGCGUGUUCAACGCCAGCGGGCUGCAGGAGCUGGUGGCGCGCUACGGGGACUGGUUUUCCUACAGCAAGAACCCCAGGGCCCAGAUCUUCCAGCGCAAUCAGUCGCGGGUGCACGACCUGGACUCCAUGGUGCGGCUCAUGAGGUACAAUGACUUCCUCCACGACCCCCUGUCCCGGUGCGAAGCCUGCGUCCCCGAGCCCAACGGGGAGAAUGCCAUCUCCGCCCGCUCCGACCUCAACCCCGCCAACGGCUCGUACCCCUUCCAGGCGCUGCAUCAGCGCUCCCACGGGGGCAUCGACGUGAAGGUGACCAGCAAGUCGCUGGCCAAGGCGAUGAGCCUGCUGGCGGCCAGCGGCCCCACAUGGGACCAGGUGCCCCCGUUCCAGUGGAGUACCUCGCCCUUCCGCGACCAGCUGCACAUGGGCCACCCUGACCUCUGGAAGUUCCUGCCCAUCAGAGUCCUGUGGGACUGAGGCCCCGCCUCCCUGCUGACGACCCGCCAGCCCCGCCCACCCCGGGCCGCUGCACUCUGGGUGGGGUCUGGGGCAGCGGGGCUCCUCCUCACUGGGGUGGUGUUCUCGCGGGGAGGGGCUGCUGACUCGCUGUUUCCCGAGCGGGGGGGCGCCAGCCUGUCUCCCUCGCCGCCCCCUGCGGCUGUCUCCCAGCUCUGGGACGCCGUCUCCCGUCUCCGUGCUGCUGCCCCCUCCUACGGGUGAGGGGGGGUCCUCCCAGGGAGCAGCCCCUGGCCCAGUGUCGUUCCCUGUGGUGGCUGGCGCUGGCGUCCAGCCCCUGCGCCCCUCAGGAAGCAGCCCCCCCAGCUCCCUGCCUGAGCAGUUUCCUUGAGGACGGAAACUUGAAAGCAAACAAAAACCAAAGUUUCUGGCCCCUCGCGGCUGGAGGGUCCUGCAAGCCCCCUCUCUCCCGGGUGGGCGGGAAUGGCGGCCCCACUGCUGCCCCCUCCCCCUGCUGUACCGAGUGCAGGCUUUGCCACAUUAAAGGAGAGAGGUCGUG